AUGGAUAUGGCUGUUAACCCGCUCCUUGAAAGCUCCCUUGUUGAGGUUGGCAUUAUGGGAGUCACAACGAUGGACCAGGGUUCUGGCACAGCUGGAAAACGCAUCAGAAAACCUUCACUACUCUAUGAAGGCUUUGAGAGUCCUGGGAUGCCCCUCCUCAGUCAUUUGGCGCCUUCGGGACCCCCACAGCCCCCUGUGAAAGACCCCAACCGACAGGGUAGGAUGACCAACCAACUUCAGUUCCUACAGAAAGUCCUGCUCAAGUCCUUGUGGAGGCACCACUUUGCCUGGCCCUUCCAUGAACCUGUAGAUGCGGCCAAGCUCAGCCUGCCUGACUAUCAUAAGAUCAUCAAACAGCCCAUGGACAUGGGCACUAUUAAGAAGAGACUAGAAAAUAACUUCUAUCGCAGUGCCAGUGAGUGCAUGCAGGACUUCAACACCAUGUUUACCAAUUGCUACAUUUAUAACAAGCCUACAGAUGACAUAGUGCUCAUGGCUCAGUCUCUAGAGAAGGCUUUCCUUCAGAAAGUGGCUCAGAUGCCCCAGGAGGAACUAGAGCUGGCUCCUCCCCCUCCGCGGAUCAAACCAGGCAAACCUGGCAGAAAAGGCAGAGUCUCUGGAGGAGUGACGACAGCUCAUCAGGUCCCAGCUGUUUCCCAGUCAGCAUACUCACCUCCCACCCCGGAAACACCUGACUCCAUCCUCUCUACCCCCCCACAGACACAUAUGACCAAAAGCCUGCCCCCUAUUCUUACAACUGAACAAAGCAUCCCUACCAUGACUGGUCUCCCUCCCACACAGCCCACCGCUAAGAAAAAAGGUGUGAAGAGGAAAGCAGACACAACCACCCCAACCACUGUAGCCAUGCCAAUCAUGAGCACCAUGGGUGUCAGCGGCAUCAACCUGGGGAUGGGCGGUGGGCACAACUCCCCGCUCACCCUCACUUCUCUGGGGAUAGACCACAACUCCAGCCUGGGGAUGAACCAAGGCCUUAGCCUCAGCCAGGGCAUGGGGAUGGGUAUGGGUAUGGGCAUGGGCAUGGGCAUGGGCAUGGGGCUAGGUAUGGGCUGCGGAACCGUGAUGAUGGGUACCAAAGCAGCAUCUGGGGGCAGGAGAGGAGUGAGUGGACGAGCCAUCAAACCUCCAAAGAAGGAUUUACCAGAUUCCAUGGUGCCACCGCCAGUUCGCCGCAGCAAGCUGAGCCCCCAGCUGCGCUACUGCAGUGGGGUCCUGAAAGAGUUGCUGUCAAAGAAGCAUGCGGCUUACGCCUGGCCGUUCUACAAGCCUGUCGAUGCCUCAUCGCUCGGCCUUCACGACUACCACGACAUCAUUAAGCAGCCUAUGGACCUCAGCACCAUCAAGCGGAAGAUGGACAGCAGAGAGUAUCGUGACUCCCAGCAGUUCUCUGCUGAUGUUAGACUGAUGUUCUCAAACUGCUAUAAGUACAACCCCCCUGAUCAUGAUGUGGUGGGCAUGGCCAGAAAACUUCAGGAUGUCUUUGAGUUCUGCUUUGCUAAGAUGCCAGACGAGCCUCCAGCACCCCCUAGUUCUUCGUCCUCCUCGUCCUCCUCUUCGUCGUCAUCUGAGAGUGAGGUCAGCAGUGAAAGUGAGGAGAGCGAGAGCAGCCCCAGCUCUGACUCCGAGGAGGAGAGGGCAAACCGCCUGGCAGAGCUGCAGGAACAGCUAAAAGCUGUACAUGAGCAGCUCACUGCACUCUCACAGGGCCCCAUCGUCAAACCCAAAAAAAAGAAAGAAAAGAAGGACAAGAAAAAGAAGAAAAAGGUAGAAAAGGAGAAGCAUCGGAAGAUAGAGGAAGAGGUGACACCUAUUAGACCGCCAAAGACCCCCAAGAUCACCAAGACUCCAAAACCCAAGAGCAACCGAGGAGCGGCUGGUCCUGUAGUACCGGUCAAGAAGGCACAGAGCAAGAAAAACAACAAGAGCAAAACCAAAAAGGGCGGCAUGACAUUUAGCAUGCCUCAGCCGGUCCACGAUCCCAUAGUGAGUCAUUACGACUCAGAUGAAGAGGAGGAGACGGCACCCAUGUCGUAUGAUGAGAAGCGUCAACUCAGCCUUGACAUCAACAAACUGCCCGGUGAGAAGCUGGGCCGCGUCGUUUACAUCAUCCAGUCCCGCGAGCCCUCGCUCCGAGACACCAACCCCGAGGAGAUUGAGAUAGACUUUGAGACCCUGAAGCCAUCAACACUGCGGGAGCUGGAGAGAUACGUCAUGACGUGUCUGAGGAAGAAACCACGAAAGCCAUAUGCAAGUAAAAACAACAUUGCUGGCAAAUCUCGAGAAGAGCUCGCUCUGGAGAAACAAAUGGAGCUGGAGAGAAGGCUGAUGGACGUCAGUGGUCAGCUCAACUCCGGAAAGAAGCCUGUUAAGACCAAACCAGAGAAACCUGCAACAGAGCAAAACACCCAGCCGUCACGACUCAGCGCCAGCAGCUCCUCCUCGGACUCCUCUUCCUCAUCCUCUUCCUCCUCCUCCUCAGACACAAGCGACUCAGACUCUGGCUGAGAGGCAGAUGGUUUCCAUAUGAAAGGGUCAUGUGAGGGACCCUGGGUGUUUCGCUUCCCACCGAGAGGACUGAACUGCAGUAGAGCUACUGACGAUGGAGCCGCAGGACGGAUUGGACGAGACCAGCACUAGGCAGAACUGGUCCGACUCAACAAGUGUCAAACCAAGAAAGAGAGAGAAGAGAGAUGGAGCUUACCCUGCGCUCAGCUCAUUCAUCCAAUCCUGUCCUGGACACAGAAAGUUGAGGAUGGAAAGAAAGGAGACUCAUUGUAAAGUCCUGCAGUUCUUUGGAGAACUGGCCUUGCUGAGCGAGGGACGCUCCAUCUUCUGCAACAAAAAAAAAAAGGAGAAGAGUGACGCAUGCGUUGGAGGGAUUAGGGUGCUAGAGCCAGAAUCUGUCUUAUUUCUGGAGAUAAUUUCCCUUCUUCUUGUGCUCCCUGUCUUUAUGCUGUAUAGAUAAGGUGUACAGUUAUAUAAAUAUAUAUUUUUCUUUUAUAAAGAAGCAUUUUAUGGAGCUAAUUUAUUCCCUCAUUCUGGGAAAAAAGAACUGGUGCGGGUGGAGUUGUGUUUUAGUUUUUUUCUUGAAUUACGUGUGUGUGUGUGAGUGAAUGUUUCAUGUUUGCAUGUGCGAGUGUGAGAUCCUCAUAAUUUUGACGCAGGCGUUGAAAAUCAGUCUGCACGCAGAAGCACCUUGGUUCAGUAGAAUACAGAAUGCAUGCAAUACAGAGGAGCUGACAAACAUCUGCAUACUCAUGUACUACUUUACUGCAUCCUUGUGUACUCAUGUACUUGUUUGAAAGGAUUGGCCACUGUACAGAAAUGUGACAUAGUUACGACAUCAGUUUAUACAAACGUAUAUCUGUUCCCAUGUGUGCUGUCUCCUCUUUUUUCUUUUCAUCCAUUUCUCUGUAAACAUUUCUUCUUGUGACCAAUCUGCUAAUAAAUUGUGAGGACAUGUCUUGUCCACUCACCCGUGCCCAAAUAACAUUCUGGUUCUUUUGAUUUCUUUUGGUGUUCUGGUUCCGUUUGACUUGAGUCACAAAACAUCUGACGAGACUUGAAGAUUGGAAGUUGCAAGAAAAAUGUUUUUCUGGUUCUUACAUUUGAUAUUUUAUUAUUCCACUAGGUGGAGCAUUUAUUUUCAUCACUUCUUAACAACACGGUGUCACAGAAGCAAAACUGCUUUGUCUUUUAUAACAAUUUGGCCUUUGAGAUCUAUGGCAGCUUAAAGUUUAUUUUCUGUAUCCGUUUGCUUAUUUGUGUGAUAAAACAUGAGUAAUACCAGGCUGGGAAGUUCUCACCAGCAACAUUAGAUUGUUGAUGAAAUGUUCUCUAGCUUCUUCUGCAGGUAAAGUCAUUGUCUUUGUUUUUUAAAUAAAGAAAAGCAACGUGGCAGCAGACCGUGUAACAAGUAGACGGAACAUAUGGUUUAAUGUUGUGGGUAACAAUGCACUGUUUGUUUGGUGGUACUACUAAACAAUUUUGUGAUUUAGGUAAGGUGUGUGACAUUUAUGUUCUUUUAAAAUUGCCUAUGGCUUGAGAUUGGAGUAUUGUAUGUUUCAAAACUGAUUAUUUAUUUAGAAGGAAAUAGAAUGGAGAUUUUUCACAAUACUGAAAGUAAUCAAAAGCUUUUAAAUUGAAGUCUAUGAAAUAUGCACAGAUUAACUGUCAGGAUUUUAGAAGUGUACAUAUUUACGGUCUCAAUCUUUGAGCAUGUUUUUGUUUUUCCUUCAGUAACUUAGUUAAGCUUUUUCUUUGUCCAGCGAAGAUUGUUUUUGUUUUUGGGCUUCUGUUGUAAAACGAAAUACUCCAGUUGUCAGUCUUACUUUUCUGAAGUUUGUCAACAAAUCUAAAUGCCUCUGUACUUGACUCCAUUUCAGCAUUUCAUCUGUACAUAAAUAAACUGAGACAUGUUCAUCUUUA